AAAUCAAUAAAACCCCACGAAAACAGAGCAUCACCGUAAGCUAAUUCCACCAAAAUCAAGCAAAGUAAUCAAUGGCGAACCAUAGUCAACUUUCAGAACCGGCCCAAAAAAAGCCCCACUGUUUGGUGGUUCCAUUCCCAGCCCAAGGCCACAUCAACCCGAUCCUCCAAUUCUCCAAACACCUCCUCCCCAGAGGAAUCCGAAUCACCCUGGCCAACACCCGAUUCGUCUCCAAAUCAAUCUCCGCCGGUCAACGCCUCAACUUCGCCGCCCUCAACAUCGGCUUGGAGACAAUCUCCGACGGCCACGACGAGGGCGGCGUGGCGACGGCGAAAGGCGGGAGAUCCUACGUGGACACGUUCAUGGAUGUCGGGUCCAAAACGCUCGCUCAAGUCAUUCAGAGGUUAUGCGAAGCAGGGGACUCUGUACACUGCGUUAUUUACGAUUCUAACAUCCCCUGGUGCCUCGAUGUAGCGAAAGCGUUUGGGAUCAUGGCGGCGGAGUUCUUUACCCAAUCUUGUGCGGUCGAUAGUAUCUAUUACCGGGUUCGGGAGGGGAUGAUCGAGCCGCCGGUUAGUGGGGAAGAUGGGGUUUUGAUGGUUUUUCAAGGGUUGCCGCCGUUGGAGGCCAAGGAUUUUCCGUCCGACGUCUGCGAUGACGGCGGGGCGUAUCCGGAGCUUCUGGGGUUUCAUGUGUGGCAGUUUUGUGGUAUUGAGAAGGCCGAUUGGAUCCUCUGCAACACUGUUUAUGAGCUGGAACCACAGGAAAUGGAUUGGCUAUCAAAUUUUCUGCCCUUCACAGCCAUCGGACCGACCAUUCCAUCCACCUACUUAACCAGCCAAACCGACACAGAUUACGGGCUGGACAUCUUCAAACAGCCCAACAACGAAACAUCCACGAACUGGCUCCAAAACAAGCCCAAAGGAUCCGUCGUGUACGUAUCAUUCGGCAGCAUGGCAAGCCUACCGCAAGCCCAAAUGGAAGAGCUCUAUUUCGGGUUGAAAAACAGCAACCACUACUUCCUAUGGGUGGUCAGAGAAUCCGAACAGGCCAAAGUACUCCUAGACAGCUUCUCGACCAUAUCAGCAGGGAAGAAAGGACUGAUUGUGCCAUGGUGUCAACAGCUCCAUGUCCUGGCGAGUGGCGUCGUGGGUUGUUUCGUGACGCAUUGUGGGUGGAACUCGACGCUGGAGGCUGUGAGCUUGGGAGUGCCCAUGGUGGCGAUGCCGCAGUGGGCGGACCAAGCUACCAAUGCUAAGUACGUAGAAGAUGUGUGGAGAGUUGGAGUGAGAGCUCGAAGUGGUGGUGGAGAUGGUGGGAAUGGGGUGGUGAAGAGGGAGGAGAUUGAGAGAUGCGUGAGGGAAGUGAUGGAAGAAGGAGAGAAAGGGAAAGAGAUUAGGAGAAACGGUGAUAAGUGGAAGAAGGUGAUGAAAGAUGGUGUUGGUGAAGGUGGGAGUUCUGAGAGAAAUGUGAGAGGGUUUGUUGAUAGCUUGAUUCGGGCCUCGAGGAAUUAGCUUCAACUUUAGUAAACUCCAGAUACACAAAGUUUUCGGAGGGGCAUGAAAUUGGGCUUGGGAGUGGGCUUAAUGGUUGUGAGCCUGCGUUGUAGGUGGGGAAAAGAAAAAUCACGUCAUUUAGUAGAUCAUUAUUAAUUUAUUGUUGUCUACUAUUCGUAUUUAUCGAGUCACUGUAAUGCCGAUCGUAUUAUUAUUAUUUGAUUGCACGGUGACGAUAUGGUGACGAUAGUGACGAUGUUUGGCCUGGGUUUUAGAAGUGUUUUUCGGCUUUAAAAGUUGAAGCAGAGCCAAACACCUUUAAAAACUCGGCUUUUAAAAAGGCAAAAAGCGCUUUUGUAUAACAUGAAAGCAGAAGCUCCGAUUUUGAGCUUAUGCGAAAAGCUGUUUUGAAAAUACAAGAUUAUUCUUACC